AUGAACGAGCUUGUGAUUCCCAAGAAGGCAACGAAGCAUCAGUUUCCGUACGAGGAACUUGUUCUCAAGGAGAACAGCGAGAGCUAUCCGAUGUGGGUGAACUACGACGGGUUGAUCAUACUUGAGACGUUCCGGGAGUCUUCUCGGCAAGCGAGCGACUUUCUGAUAGCUAUUGCAGAGCCCAUGAGUAGGCCUCUCAAGAUACAUGAGUUCCAGAUCACAGCAUACUCUCUGUAUGCUGCUGUGAGUGUUGGGCUGACGACCGGAGACAUCAUCGAGACGCUGGACCGGUUUUCCAAGAACCACCUCCCAAGGUCUGUCAAGGUGUUUAUCACUGAAUGCACGCUGAGCUAUGGGAAAGUGAAGCUUGUCAUGAAGGAAAAUAGCUUUUUCUUGGAGGCGGCAAACGAGUCUGUGUACAAGAUGCUGUCUGAGGAUGCAGUGAUAAGAUCGCACACUGUCGACAAGCCGAAGGAGAAGGGAGGCCUAUCCAUAGAGGUUGAAGACGUAGAGUUGGUGAAGAAGAGGUGCAUCGAGGUUGAUUAUCCAUUGAUUGAGGAGUAUGACUUCAGAAAUGACAAGGUGCUCCGAAGCCUCAAAAUAGAUCUCAAGCCCACCACGAUUAUCCGGUCCUAUCAGGAGAUAUGUCUCAACAAGAUGUUUGGAAACGGAAGGGCGAGGUCGGGAAUAAUUGUGCUGCCUUGUGGAUCUGGAAAAACUAUUGUUGGGAUCACGGCCAUAAGCACGAUCAAGAAGAGCUGCCUUGUGCUGUGCACGUCUGCGGUGUCUGUUGAGCAGUGGAGGCAGCAAACACAGCAGUUCACAAACAUAUCUCCGGACAACGUGGGAAGAUUUACUUCUGAUCAUAAGGAAUGGCCGAAGGACGACUGCGGAAUAGUUGUUACAACAUAUACAAUGCUUGCGUAUACGGGGAAGAGGUCUUACGAGGCACAGAAGAUCAUGGAUCUCAUACGAAAGACCGAGUGGGGGCUGCUUGUUCUUGAUGAAGUGCAUGUUGUUCCUGCAAUGAUGUUCAGAAGGGUUCUAUCGCUAGUGUCUCACCACUGCAAGCUCGGACUUACUGCGACGCUAGUCAGAGAGGAUGAUAAGAUCGAGGAUCUGAACUUCUUGAUUGGGCCCAAGCUCUAUGAGGCCGAUUGGCAGGAUCUUAGUGCCAAGGGGCACAUAGCCAAGGUGUCAUGUGUGGAGGUAUGGUGCGGGAUGACUGGAGACUUCUACAGAGAAUACCUCUCUCAGCCGACGCGCAGAAGAAGGCUUCUAUCUAUAAUGAACCCAACGAAGUUCCAGGUGUGUGAGUAUUUAAUCAAUAAACAUGAAAGCAGAGGAGACAAGAUCAUUGUUUUUUCUGACAGUGUAUAUGCAUUGAAAGCAUAUGCUCUGAAGCUUGGAAAGCCAUUUAUCUACGGGCCUACGGGGCAGACUGAAAGGAUGAGGAUUCUGAAGCAAUUCCAGACAAACCCAGUUAUCAACACGAUAUUUCUAAGUAAGGUUGGAGACACUUCUAUCGACCUCCCGGAAGCCACAUGCCUAAUCCAGAUAAGUAGCCACUUUGGGAGCAGGAGGCAAGAAGCACAAAGACUUGGAAGAAUUCUUAGGGCAAAGAGGAGAAACGACCCGGACUUUAAGGUCUACUUCUACUCCCUAGUGAGUAAGGACACUGACGAGAUGUUCUAUUCGAACAAAAGACAGCAGUUUUUGAUAGACCAGGGAUACACGUUCACAAUACUUACGGACAUCCCCGAGGUACACGAAAACGAGCACUGUGUGUAUAGAACAAAAGGACAGCAAAGGGAGUUGCUAGCGGGGGUACUACUUGCAUCUGAAAAGGAGUUGGAGAGUGAGGAGAGCGACAAUGCAGAAGGGAUUGUAUAUAGCACAGCAAAGCUGAAGAGCCUCAGCGGAGCCGAUGAGAUGGCCUAUAUUGAAAGGAAGGGCCCACAGCACCAUGCCUUUACGAAGAGCAACAAAAAGAAUAGGAAAAUGAAUCCAAAGCCUUAG